AUGAGACAACGCGCCGACGUAGAGGUAGGUCCCCUUAAAAGUGGCCUGCUUUUCUCGUACAUGCAGAACUUCUGCGCUCUUCAAACCCGCUUGCGCAGACCUUCGAGGACUACUGAGCUCGAUACAAUGGACUUCAAGCCUUUCCUCACACUACAACACUUCAGGCCGCAGGGCUUUGCCGGGGAUGUGUUGGCACCAGGCGCUUCCUACAACCAGACAUGGAACACUAUGGCGUCCAAGUUCAAUGGUAGAGGUGGCAACAGAGUCGAAACUGGAAAGGUGUUGGAAGCAGCAAGCGAAUCGCUCAAGGAGACUGUACCACUUCUGCAGCUUGUUGUACGAGCUCGGCACCAUCCACUACUCGUUUUCCUUGUCGGACUUUUCCUGGGAACUAUCUACUUGCUAUAUCGCUACUGGGACUGCGCAGUCGGUUGCGAGAGGAGACCGGACCUCAAAGGGCCUAAAGGUCUCCCCUUGAUCGGCAACCUUAUGUGGGCGCUAAAGAACCGCGAUCCGCUCAGCUACCAAGUUUAUGCCCAGCAGAAGUACGGAUACGGUAACACCCAUACGCUCCCCGGACUCGGACGUCUGAUCGACAUUUCACGUCCUGAUUGGAUCGAGCACGUUCAGAAGAUCAAGUUCAGCAACUACGUCAAAGGUGAGCAGUUCCACGAUCAGAUGCGUGAUGUGCUUGGUGAUGGAAUCUUUACCUCGGACGGCGAGCGUUGGAAGAUGCAGAGAAAGGUAGCUUCGCGUAUCUUUACUGUCAGCUCAUUCAAGGCGAUCAUCACGCAGACGAUUCGAGAGGAUUGUGCUCUCGUCGAACAACUCAUCGAGACGUAUGCAAGGCAAGGCACCGUUUUCAACCUGCAAGAACUCUACUUCAAGUUCACGCUCAGCUCGUUUGUCAAGAUCGCAUUCAGUCAAGACAUCAAAUCUCUUUCGGAACCGGACCGCCCUGAUACCUUUGGCGAUGCGUUCAACUAUGCUCAGAAGGUGCUCGACAUGCGCUUCGUACAGCCGUGGUGGAAGAUCGCCGAGCGAUUCAACGAGACCGGAAGAAAGAUGCGAGCUGCACGAAAGAUUGUCGAAGAAUUCACCACCAACAUUGUCGAAGCAAGAAGAAAGGAGAGCGAGGCGAUGGGAGAAAAAUCCAAGCCAGAGAGCAGCCGCAAGGAUCUCUUGGACUUGUUCAUGGCUUAUCGUUCAUCCGACGGUCAGAGGCUCAGCAACCAACAGCUCAAGGAUACGAUUCUGAACCUGAUGAUUGCAGGACGCGAUACCACUGCAGAAGCACUUUCGUGGAUGUCAUGGCACAUGCUCACAAAGCCCGAUGUUUACGAUCGCAUCCGUCACGAAAUCGAUGCCACUCUCGAAGAAGAGGGAGAACAAGCGGGCUUGGAAAUUGACUAUGAUGUGUUUGAGCAGCACACUGCCAAACUGACCACGUUCCAAGAGACGCUACGAUUGCAUCCAUCGAUCCCCAAGAACAUCCGUCGAGCUUUGCAAGACGAUGUGCUGCCCAACGGCGGACCCCGGGUUAGGAAGGGAGAUCUGAUGCUCUAUUCGGACUGGGCCAUGGGCCGCAACCCAGACAUUUGGGGACCCGACGCAUGCGAAUUCAAGCCAAGCCGCUGGACCGAUCAAGAGACUGGUUCUUCCAUCAAGUACUCGCAGUUCCAGGCGCACUUUUUCAACGGCGGGCCCAGGUUGUGUCUGGGACAAAAGCUGGCGAGCUAUGAGGUGGUGCAGCUCAUACAUCACAUCUUUGCCAAGUUCGACCUGGAAUUGAUCGACCUUGGACCCGGCAGGUCGGCUGGCUUUGGAAAGGUCCCUGAUUACCUCAACUCUUUAACUCACCCUAUGAAGCGACCACUCAUGGUCAAGGCUACCCUUCGAUGUUGCAAGGAAGGCACUAGAUAA